UCCAACCGUCACCAUGGGCCCAAAACGCACCCCAGCAGCCACCACAAACACCACCGGCCCCGUCCCCGCUCCCUCCGCACCAACCAUGCCCUCCUCUUCCUCUGCCUCUGCCUCUGCCCCCAGCGCAUCUCUCUCCUCCGGCCCCAAACUCCUCACCUCCAACUCCUCCAUCUACGAUAUCGCCCACACCGUCUGGCAGCAGUACCUGGCCACCACGCCGCAGCGCACCCUGCUACUGGACGCUUUCAUGGCGUUCUUGGUCCUUGUGGGAGGCGUGCAAUUCGUGUAUUGUGUUUUGGCGGGGAAUUAUCCCUUUAACGCCUUCCUGAGCGGUUUCUGUGCCGCGGUGGGUCAGUUCGUUCUUACGGCUAGUUUGAGAAUGCAAACCUCCUCCUCCUCCUCUUCUUUACCUUCUUCGACUGGGUCUGGUGCGGGUGCGAAGGGUAAGGCGAAGAAAGGUAUAUCGGGUUCGGUUGGUGCUGGUGCUGGGACUGAGGAAGGUGGUGUUUCGCAUGAGAGGGCUUUCGCGGAUUAUGUCUUCGGAAGCUUGAUUUUGCAUUUCUUUUGUAUUAACUUUAUCAAUUAGGUUGUUUUUUUUCCGGGAGGAGAGGGAAGUGCGGGUUGUAUGGAAUGGGGUG